UGACAAUAUUGACAGCAUUAACAGGUAUCUGUCAAGUAAGACACGACGAAGUGAAAAUAUUUAUAUUUAUGCAUUUUACAUUUUACUAGUCGAAGAGGAGCAGUCAACGGUAGAAGUUAACGUUUAGUGAGAAUAGUGCAGUGCUAAAAUUACGAUGGCAUCGUCUCGAAGAAAGCAGGACGAAAAAAAUCUAAAAACUUUACGUGAAUUAGGUGCCUUACCAUUGAAUAAAUACUGUUUUGAUUGUAAUCAACGUGGGCCUACAUAUGUGAAUGUUACCAUAGGAUCUUUUGUGUGUACGAAAUGUUCAGGAAUGCUACGAGGCAUCACCCCACCACACCGCGUAAAAUCCAUUUCCAUGGCCACCUUUACUAAUGAAGAAAUAGAUAUAUUGAAAAGCCGAGGAAACGAUUACUGUCGACAAGUGUGGCUCGGGUUGUACGAGGGUACGCCGCCUUCGACCAAUGGAGACGAAACGUCAAUUAGAGAUUUUAUGAUAGAAAAAUAUGAAAAGCGUAGGUAUUAUCUCGACCCCGUAAAUGUGAAACCAGUCGAAGAAUGCAAGGCGCCGAAAAUCAACGGUAUUCAAGUCCUGCCGACACAGAGGCCGAGGCCCGAAGUGAACAGAAACAAUAACGCGACUAGGAACAGCCUUAAUAAUUUAAACAUAAAUAAUAUAAACAAUACGACGAUAACGAAUAAUAUGCAAACGAAUGGUUUCGUAGCGGAUUUCGAUAGGGCCGAUAUUUUUACUGGAGCCGGUACGACAAUAACGAAUGGUAUUACAAUAAAGGGACAACAACAGCAUCAUCAUCAAAACGAUUUCGCUAAUUUCGAUAAUAAUGCAGUGUUUAAUAGUUCGAGUAUAGGCAGUAAUGCGACGCCAGGUCUACCGAUCCCAGCAACAUUCAACAACAACGGUUGGAACAAAUCGAACACCUCCGCUAACCUAAACGGUUCCUUAAACAGUACAAACGGCACGCCCACUUUAAACGGCACCGCAGCGCCCGUCGAAGAUAGGUACGCAGCUUUAAAAGAUCUGGAUAACGAGUUCAAAACACAAAAAAACGGCAGUGUCGAUUGGACGUCUUCGGCGAACAGCAGUAGUUCAAAUGGAUCGUUAUAUAGUUCGCCGACGCCUACCGGAUCCGUGUACAGUUCACCCUCGUCGCAUAGUUCCAUUUUUGGGUCUCCUAGUCAAGGUCAGUUCAUGACCGCAUUCCCUUCAAAUCAAGACCCCAACAUUCCCGAAGCAGUAUCAAAUCCUUUCAACAUGAACGGGGGUGCUGUUAAUUGGUCCAACGUCGCUGCUACUAACGGUAUGCAAUCCGUACAACAACAGCAGCAGCAACCGUUCGCCAAUCCGUUUAGAGAUACCGUCAAAUCAAACGGUUACACGAACAACUUCCAGCCAAUAGCAUUUCCCACGAACGGCAUACCGUUGGCUGUCAACGGCACAAACGGAUGGACACCUAAUCCGUUUAAGGUGGGCGGACCGACUGCAAUGAACUCGAAUAAUCCAUUCUUAUGAGACUUUUGCGUCCGUCGAAGACUCUAAACAGACCUCUAAUUGCCAGUGUGCCCCCUAAGAAUUACCCCCCAAGUCUUAGCUCAUUUAAUCUAGUAGAUGCAUAAUAUAAUAAAUCAUAUUCUAUCUCUCUAUUCACCUCUCUAAUAAUAAUAAUAAUGUAGACAGACAGACGCAGCAAAAGAACAAAAAAAAACAUAACGACACAUCUUAUGGAUUUUAUUAUUUUUUUUUUUAGCUUUAUUUCUACGUAAUUUAUUAUUUUUUGUUAUGGUAUAUUUAUUUAUGGAUCGGAUGGAGUGUCCGUCAAAGUUAUGCCAAAAAAUGCUUUCGUCUAUUAUAAUUAUGAUGAUAUAUAUAUAGAGAACGGAUUCGUAUCAACAAUUAUUCGUGAUUGCCUUUUUAAAUCGUAAAUGACUGGAUUAUAAAUGGACAUCGUUAUUCUAAAAGGAAUCGAAUGUUUAGGAUAAAUAAAUGAAAAAAAUAUUACGUACAACUUGGAUGUAUUAUCGAAUAGUAGGCGGUGGGAAUAAAAAUGCUAUUUUGCGCCAGCGGUACAAAAAUAAUUAUUUUUAUUCCAGCAUUUCGUUCUUUAUUUUAAAAUGGCUGAUUAGCUUUCUGUUCCUUUUAGAAUAAACAUUAGUUAUAUACGAAAGUAGGGAGAAUAACUGCUGUACGAACCCCUUCAUAUAUUUUUUUUUAGUGUAGAUUAUUCAUUAAGAAAGAUUAAUUAUUUAAAGUACGCUUAAAAAAUGGGCGAGAACGAUUUCUUUUUUCGUGUGGCAGAAAGUUAAAUAGUGUUAUAUAAUUUAUGUAGAAGAAAAGAAACCAGUUUUAAGUUUAAAUUCAAAUGAUUUAAAAUAUUGGUCGUUGCGCGAUUCUGGCAAAUGUCAAAUGACAGUAACCCAUAAAUAAGUUGACAGCUCGAAUGAAACAAGUCGCUCGUAUUAAUAUUUAGUUUUUGAUCAAACCAUUUCUAUUAAAUGUGUUGUUAAGAUUAUUUUAUGAUACAUUUAGACUCUAAAACGAAAUAUAUUGUAUAAGAAAUUAUUAGGUGCAUUCGAAUAUAGUUCGAUAGACUGUUUUGACUCUCCGUCUAUCCACAGCGAAAAGAGUUUGAACUAUCCGACCUUUCCUUUAGAUUAAGCAAAGAGAAUACUUAUAUACAAGGACAAAGCAAUGUCAAAAUAUAGCGGUAGCAUUGCGUUUUAUAUGAAUUUUAUUUGUCGGUAUUUUUGUUCCACUAAACAUUCAAUUUGUUUCUAUUUGUGUCAUUACAAAAUGCUGCUGCUACAAGUAUAAGUUCCUACCAUACGAUACUAGUUACAUUGCCCCCUUCUAUGGUUAUGCCCAUGUUCUGCUCAUCAACAUUAUUGACAGCUGAUAUUUAUAAUUUUUUCAAUCUUUGAAUUUAAAAUAAUCUUGUUUAACGAGCUAGGAAUGGUAUUAAUUUCCUACGAAUAUGAAAUGAGCACCCCUUGCAAGUUGAAUACCAUACUUUCUGUAAGUAGUUUUUAUAAACUAUUUUAAUAAUAAUUAUUUAAUGCUUGGCAUUUCAUGGCACACAUGAUUUUAUUAAAAUAGAUAAUUACUACUACGAAAUGAUUACUUUGUGUUAUCUGAACUACACUACGAGUGUAUUUUUGUAAUAUAGCCAUGCAAAAAGUGUUAUUUACAUUACGGGAACAACAUGGUGUGUAAAAUGCAUAAGAAAUAAUAGCCCUAUCACCUAGUGCUCUUUGUGACACGAUUUAUUAUGUCAUUAGUGUCGAUUUUCUCACCUCUAAGUUAAAUGGCAUCACCAAUCAUCUGUAAGUCGCCCUGGAGCGCCACGGCAAAUAACCACUUCCCCUCACAAGCUCAGUCGGUUUAUGGGGUUAAAAUUCACUAAAGGGGGUGAAUUAGGUUAGCUGCAUUGUCCUUGUAUAGAAGUUAUCUAUUUGCAACGUCAGAAAGUGCAGUUUGACAGGUAUUUAAUGUCGUCAUUGCAGAUAAAAUACUGUGAAAACGCAAUUUGUUGUUAAGCAAUUUCAAUUUUAUUAAAAAAAAAACUUUAUUUCGCCGAUUUUCUGCCACUUGAAUGUAAAUAUUAUUACUAUUAUUUUUUGUUUUAAAAGUGGCCUUCCAAUUUGUUAAGUGUUCGUUUUUUGAAUGGAAUGGUUUUUAUUUAUGAGAAGAAUCUUUUUAAUUGAUUACACAUUUCUGUGAUAAAAAGAAGCGAAAGUUGCCUAAUAAUAAUGAAUUCAAAAAUAGGUCAAAAUAACGGAUAAUGCAUUUUAUUUUGGUCUAAAUAUUUAUGAAGUGUAAAGUUAUGCAGUUCAGGGUUACCUUUUGAUAUGUUCUUUUUGCAUUAUAAUGCUAUACAAAAACGUAUUUUUGUCCUGUGUCAUAAACUAUUUAAACAGGAAAUCUCAAAAAUGUUGCCUUAUGUAACAUUACCAGACAAAUAAAUCGAAGAUGAAUUUGUAUAAAUUUAUAAGCAAAAGAAAAAUUUCAGUUGUAUAUGUGAUGUAUAAUCAAAAAAAAUUGCUGUAUAAAGUAUUUUUUUUAGAGAUAUUUGCCGCAAAAACUGUGAGACCAGCAUAAAUGUUCCGUCCUGGAUAGUUACUGUAUACAUUUAUAUAUUCUUUAUUGCAAGCACAAUAUUCUGUAUAUUCUUGUCUAAAAGGUUGUGUGAAUAAAUUUUAUAACACCA